AUGGCGGCGCCGCUUUGGUCAAAGAUGAGCGCGGCACCUGUGAGCGUGGCCCAGAGGCGGCAUUAUGAUGUAGGAAUACAAAAGGAUGGCACACCAAAGACAGCGUUUGAGCGGGGACUAGAACUACAUGCCAAAGUCACAGUUUUUGUGGAGGGUUGCCUUGGACACCUAGCCAAGCAACUAUACAAGAAAUUUGAUUUGAGGGCCAUUUGUGAUCCUCAAACCUAGGGGAUUGGACUGAAGGAGUUAUGGAUUAUUGAUGAAAAGAAGUGUAAACCUGGGAGAGUGGAUCACACAGUUGGAUGGCCCUUGGACAGGCAUACUUAUGGAGGCGCUUUCCUCUAUCAUUUAAAUGAAGGUGAACCCCUAGUAGCUCUUGGUUUUGUGGUUGGUCUAGACUAUCAAGAUCCUUACCUGAGUCCAUUCAGAGAAUUCCUAAGGUGGAAACAUCAUCCCAGCAUUCAGCCAACAUUGGAAGGUGGGAAAAGAAUUGCCUUUGGAGCCAGAGCUCUCAAUGAAGGUGGCUUUCAKUCUAUACCAAAACUCACCUUUCCUGGUGGUUUACUAAUUGGUUGUAGCCCUGGCUUCUUGAAUGUUCCCAAGAUCAAAGGUAUCCAUACAGCAAUGAAAAGUGGAAGUUUGGCAGCAGACUCAAUUUUUCAUCAACUAACUAGUGAAAAUCUCCAAUCAAAGACAAUAGGACUCCAUGUAAUCGAGUAUGAGGACAAUUUGAAGAAAUCUUGGGUGUGGAAAGAGCUGUAUUCUGUUAGAAAUAUAAGACCUUCCUGCCAUGGAGCAUUGGGUUUAUAUGGAGGGAUGAUUUACACUGGAAUAUUUUACUGGAUAUUGAGAGGAAUGGAACCAUGGACCCUAAAACAUAAAGGUUCUGACUCUGAUCAGCUUAAGCCAGCCAAAGAUUGCACAACUAUUGAGUAUCCAAAACCUGAUGGACAGACCAGUUUUGACCUCUUGUCAUCUGUGGCUUUAAGUGGUACUAAUCAUGAACAUGACCAGCCAGCACAUUUAACUUUAAAGGAUGACAGCAUACCUAUAAACAGAAAUCUAUCAAUAUAUGAUGGGCCUGAGCAGCGAUUCUGCCCUGCAGGAGUUUAUGAAUUUGUACCUUUGGAACAAGGUGAUGGAUUUCGGUUACAGAUAAAUGCUCAGAACUGUGUGCACUGUAAAACAUGUGAUAUUAAAGAUCCAAGUGAGAAUAUUAACUGGAUGGUGCCCGAAGUUGGAGGAGGACCAGCUUAUAAUGGAAUGUAA